AUACAACAUAGGCAACACAACUUUAUCAACCAAAAGGAAAAAAAAACGAAACAAAAUAAAAAUUAGCCACCUCUGCCGGUACUAUUGAAGAGCCCUCACAAUCCUAGCAAUUCCCAACCCUCAGAAAUGGCGAUCGCUAAUCUACAAAGAUUUGCCUCCCAAAUCGUCCGAAACCCAUCUCUUUCCUCCACCUUCAGAGCCUCAAUCACUCGCUCUUCCGCCACGUCAUCAUCCCCCUCCCGCUCCGCCUCCGCCAAAGUCGCCGAUCGGAUCGUCAAGCUCUCCGCCGUGGACCCGGACGGCCACAAACGCGAAAUAAUCGGGCUGUCGGGUCAAACACUACUCAAAGCCCUAACGAAUCACGGGUUAAUUGACCCGGAUUCUCACCGACUCGAAGACAUCGACGCUUGUUCCGCUGAAUGUGAGGUUCACAUUGCUCAGGAAUGGCUCGAGAAGCUUCCACCAGCUACGUAUGAUGAGCAGUAUGUUUUAAAAAGGAAUUCUAGGGCUAGGGUUUUGAACAAGCAUUCGAGGCUUGGUUGUCAGGUUGUGCUUUCGCCUGAGCUUCAAGAUAUGGUUGUUGCUAUUCCUGAACCUAAGCCUUGGGAUAUUCCGUAAGUAAAGUUGUACUGGAAAUUUCUGUAAGGUUUUGAGUAAUGAAAUUUUAGUGUUUUGAGAUAAUGAUAAUAAUAUGUGGAACUUUUGGUACUUGACAAUGUUUUCAUUGAUAUUCUGUAUGUUAUGUUUUGGCCACUGGAAUGCUUUCAAUUCGAACUAAGUGGUAAUUUUAAUGUUAAAAUUGUCUGAAGUUGAC